CCGAUUCGCGGGUAUGACUCAGAGUUCACUAGCGCACGCGCCACUCGCGCCAAAACGAAUUUGUCGAAACAAAAAUGUAUUUACGUUAAAGAAAUAAUUUAAGGUAAAACUACAGACACGCCGUAAACUACUGAAUAAGUGCUUCCUAUUCACAUCUUUUCACUUCAUUGACGACAUUUCUAACGUUAAUAUUGUUAAUUCUCAGUCAGUGUGAGAAGUGAUUUGUCGGGAUGUGGAGGAAUGAAAACCAGAGACCAAAUGCAGGCUGUCUCUCCAUGCCUCUGUUUAAUCAAAGGAAAAGGAGCAGGCUUCCUUUGACGUCUAAUCCGUCAGAGAGUGAGCUCUUCACUACCAGCCACUACAAUGAGACACAAAACUCCUCCACUUCCUCCUCUGCUCUUCCCUCUUUGGGUCAGAGAGGUCAGUGGAACCAUGGAGCCUACCUUUCAUCACAGCAAGCCAGCGUGAGAUCUGCUUCUUCACCUGGUGUGGCUGGACGAGGAUAUGCACCUUUACCUCACCCAAAGAAACCUGCCUAUGUCUGGUCACAGACAGGGCAACAGAGGCCUCCAGUGAGACAGGAUUCGAUGCCAGCAGUUGGAUCCCAGCUUCAUGGUGGUUUUCCAAGGAACAGCUCAGUUUCACUCGGCCAGCCCAGACAGUCCAGCAGCAUCCAGAAUCAACAGUCAUUUAACAGGCCGACAAAUUCCCCCAGAAUGCCGUACCGUCCCCAGCAUUGUACCCCUACAGCAUUAAGCACUCAGGGCCCUGGAGCUCAGAGUUACAUUGGAAAGGGGAACUUCAGACCUGUUGGACAAUCAGCCAGUGGAAUGUGUGCAAAAGAAAAGAUGGACACCUCAAGUGUCCAGACCACUCUUCAGCAGCAGAAGCCCCCUCAUGAGACACUGCUGCAUGUUAUUACUGCUGUUAUUGAAGGCAUGAAGCACUGGAGCCAGUACAAGAACAAAGUACCAAUGCUGUUUGAGCUGUUUGCUACACUGGACUCUGCAGUUACAGUUGGAGAACACGGAGCAAAGAAAUUUCUUAUGAGGGAUGGUAAAGAAGUGGUCUACUGCAUUUACUAUGAAAAUGAUCAGACACUGCCCAGACUGAUCAGAGGUCAGGUGCAUCGCUGCGUUGGAAACUACGACAGCCAAAAAGACACAAUGACUUGUGUGUCAGUCCGAGCUGCUUCACUGUCAGAGCAAAGGAAUGCCCUGGAGGCUGUGAGAGUGUCAGAUGCAGAAAUGAGGGAAGUGGCACUGGCUCUCAGUGAAAUGUGAUGUGGAUCGAGUGAGUAACAGGAGAAAGAUUAAACUAGCACAGACUUAUACUGAAGUUAGGGUUGGUUUUGGUUUAGUUGUGAAGUAGUUGAAGAAUGACCUAUAAUGGUCAGUGAAUGUAAAACAGUUUUAAAUUUGUGAUUUGUAUCUGGAGAUUUUGAUUCACUUUGCAAAAUAGAUGCAUUAAUAAUAUUUGAUUUAUUUUAAUUUAUAUGCAUUUAAAAUAUUUCCAAUUUAAAUGCAUAUAUCAUCUCAAAUUUAAAAUUUAUAUGCAAUUAUAAUCAAUUUAUAUGCAUAU